AUGCGGAUGGCCCUCAAUGCCAAGAAUAAACUUGGUUUUAUCGAUGGAUCUCUUUCCAAACCAACUUCUAACACUGCAGAAAUUCAAGUCUGGGAGCGUUGCAUGGAUAUGGUGCUUUCAUGGUUGCUAAACUCGAUUGAUAAAUCUCUCAUCAACACCAUCAUCUACUGCAACAGUCCAAGAGAAGUCUGGCUUGAUUUGGAAGAACGAUUCUCUCACAGCAAUAACCCACGGGUUUUCAAGCUUAAACGUGAUAUCUAUACUCUCAAUCAAGGUAACCUCUCACUUAUGGCUUAUUAUAAUACCAUUAAAGGAUAUUGGGAUGAACUGGCAGCACUUCAAACGAAUCCGAUCUGUUCUUGUGGUGGUCUGAAAGAGCUCCAUUCGGUCCAAGAAACCGAGAAGGUGUUCCAGUUUUUGAUGGGGCUCAACGAGUCUUACACUUCUAUCUGCAGCCAAAUUCUUGCCAUGGAACCUUUACCCACUGUCGCCAAAAUUUCAGUUCACGCCAAUCUAAUUCUAAAGGUAGAGGAAGAGGACGACCACAAUGUGACCAUUGUGGAAAAGCUGGUCAUUGGAAGGAUUCAUGUUACAAAAUCAUAG